ACUGAAUGAUUCAGAUUCGGCUGAAAGUGAGUGUCCCUUUGAUGCGCAAUCAGAUGGCGAUUGUUAUGAAUUCCAAUGGAGUCAAAGGAGCUCAACUCAAAUCGGUUUUCUGCGCAGGGGAAAAGAAAAAUUCUCCCCACUGAGUCGAACUCGACUAAGAGCUUGUGACUCACUUGAAUGGCUCAACAAUCAUCAUCAUCGCUGUUUCUUUCAUUUGUUUACAAAUAAUCCAUUUUAAAUUAAGUGAAUUAAAUUAUUCACAAUGAUUUGGGAAAGACCGAGAUUAGAGUUUUUUAAUUUAUAUAAUCAACUAUUCAUUUUGAUCUCAUGUUAUAUGUGCCUGGUUCAAUGUAUGAGUCAACAAGAGAUGCAAUCACUCAGGGAUGAAGUCAAAGAAAUGUUUUACCAUGGGUAUAAUUCUUACAUGGAGAAAGCUUAUCCUGCUGAUGAAUUGAUGCCUCUCUCGUGUAGAGGAAGAUAUCGUAACUCUGAGCCCAAUCGAGGUGAUAUUGAUGAUGCCAUGGGCAAUUUUUCAUUAACCCUUGUGGAUACUUUGGAUACUCUUGUGAUAUUUAAUAAUAUCUCUGAAUUUGAGCGAGGAGUUGCCCUGCUCAUUCGAGAUUUAACUUUUGAUACUGAUGUUGUUGUCUCAGUAUUUGAGACCAAUAUACGAGUAUUAGGUGGUCUUCUUAGUGGACAUAUUUUCGCUAAUUACAUUAGAGAUCGUUGGAAAGAUCACCUACAAUGGUACAAAAAUGAACUUCUUUUAUUAGCUCAAGAUUUAGGUUAUCGUUUAUUACCUGCGUUUAAUACAUCGACUGGGAUACCACAUCCUAGGAUAAAUCUCAAGUUUGCAAUGAGAUCACCGCAAAUAAUUAAUGUCAGGGAGACUUGUACUUCUUGUGCAGGAACAAUGAUACUCGAAUUUGCAGCUUUAAGUCGAUUAACUGGUGAACCAAUUUUCGAGAUUGCUGCUCGAAAAGCAAUGGACUACUUAUGGAAUCAGCGACAUCGAUCAAGUGAUCUUGUUGGUACAGUGUUAAAUAUUCACAAUGGAGAUUGGGUUCGUCGUGAUUCUGGUGUUGGUGCUGGUAUUGAUUCAUAUUAUGAAUACCUUUUUAAAGGAUACAUUUUGUUAGGAGAUGAAACUUAUCUUCAACGGUUUAACCAACAUUAUAAGGGUAUAAUGAAAUACAUUAGUCAAGGUCCGCUGUUGGUUGACGUUCACAUGCACCGUCCAAAAAGUAAUGCAAAAAAUUUCAUGGACAGUUUGUUAGCUUUCUGGCCUGGAUUACAAGUUUUGAAAGGUGACAUUAAACCAGCAAUUGCGACACACGAGAUGUUAUAUCAUGUUGCCCAACGUCACAAUUUCUUAAUACCGGAAGCAUUUUCCAUCAAUGAUUUCGAAGCUCAUUGGAGUGGUCACUUUUUACGCCCUGAAUUCAUUGAGUCAACCUACUUUCUAUUCAAAGCAACCGGUGACCAUCAUUACCUUGAAGUAGGUAAACAAGUGAUGGAAGGUUUACAAAAAUACACACGAACCCAGUGUGGAUUUGCUGCAGUUAAAGAUGUUCGAACCCGUGCAAAAGAAGAUCGAAUGGAUUCUUUCUUCCUUACUGAAACUCUAAAAUAUCUUUACCUUUUAUUCGCCUCCAAAGAUGAUCUAAUUGUAGAUUUAGAUCAAUUUGUCUUCACAACAGAAGCACAUUUUCUACCUUUAUCUUUAUCAUCUAUGCAACUUGAUGGAGUAUCAAAAUGGUCUUCAGACAAAUCGGCUGAUUCCUCUUCCUCUUCUCAACCAUCACCACCGAUUUCAUCAAAUUUACUCUCACCUUCAGCUUCAUCUUUUUUGACCUUUGUCGAUGAAAAGAAAGAUGGAAGUUUGCAAUAUUUUCGUCAUUGUCCAAAUGUUAAGUAUUUAAUCAAAAAAGAUCGUAAAGUCGACUAUGUCCGUGACAUUCGUGAGACAUUAAAAGACUUCAUUUCUAACCGUCGUGAUGCUAGUUUAAAAUACUCUCGAUCAUCGAGUCAAUCGUCGUCAUCCUAUUCCUCAUCUUCCUCGACAACAUCUUCAUGUUCAUCAGAAUACAGUGAUAGUGUUGAUAUAAGUGAAAGACCUCUAAGUCUACAACCGCAAGAUUUUUCGGCCUCAAAUAAAGAGCAUCUUGAGCUUAUAAAGAAAAUAGGAAUAACUGUUGGUUUCACUUCUGAUGGUCGAAUUCAGUUAAUCCAUUCGGCCGCUACCGCUGAAAGUGUCGAUCGUGGUAUUGAAGGGGCACUUUUCAUGCAGGAAAUGGUUCGAUUAUCAAAACAACAAGUUAAUCAAUUCGUUUCAAAGCAUCAUUGGCUGCAAUUUAUUUCACCGACAACCGAUAAUCUUGUUACAUUUAAAUCUGGAAUAGCUCAAUUUGGCUCCCAGUUGAAAGAACCGAUAACCGGAUAUUUAUCGAUUGCCGAUCCAAUCAAAGCAUGUACAGAAUUAACACCCGAAUCUAAGUCAUCUUUACUUGGUAAAAUCGCAAUUGUUGAAAGAGGUGAAUGUACAUUCGUCCAAAAAGCUCGAGUUGUCCAAUCAGCAGGAGCAAUUGGUUGUAUAGUUAUCGAUGACCUGGUCGGUACAACCGAGGAAACAAUUCCAAUGUUUGCAAUGUCCGGUGAUGGUACUGAUGAUGUUAACAUUGCGGUCACUUUUCUCUAUCACCAACAAGGCCAUUCAUUGAUGUGGCUUCUUAAAAAGAACAGCGAUUUAAUAGUAAUUAUAAUGUCAUCCGCUUACGCUGACGAGCAUAACAAAGAUGAAACAAUUGGCAAUAAAAACACCGAUGAAUUAUCGUCAUCAUCAAACUCUGAUCAACGUGAUUCUGAUUCGCGAGUUGAAGGUUUCGCCGAAAUCACUGAUAUAACUCAACAGGUGAUUGGAAAUCCAAGUGAUGAUGAAGAUGAAGAGAAAACAUUGAAAGAUGUUAACAGUGUUGUAAAUAAUUUCCAUCAUGAUGUUACCUUAAAGUAUCAACAAUAUUUCCAAGAAAAUCUCAAUUCAAUCAUCGAAGCAUCAAUUUUACAAGACGUUCUUUCCUCCCUGCAAUCAUCACUGAACAUCAUGAAAACAGUUUUCUCUGAGAAACAACCUAAAAAACAACAACAAUUAGUCAAACAAUUUAAUGAUGAUAAUACUAGAAAAUAUUUAAGUCCCUCUCGUGAUAAAUUAACUUUUAACCAACUAAUUGAAAGCUAUUCAAUGUGUCCCAUGGAAUCAAGAAACUGACAUUGGUCAACAAUCAAAAGAAAUCAUGACAAAGACGAAAUUGAAUAAUUAUAUUGUGUAAAUUAAACUAAAAGGAAUAACAUCAAAAUCAUCACUACCAUCAAACACUAUUACAACUACUUUAACAAUUAACUUAAUUGUGAAACGCAAACAAAUAAUGUAUAUCAUCUUUUUUAUAUAUUAUGUUGAUUCAAAUAUAAAUUAUAUUUUCUCUUAA